UUCCGCUUUCUCGCUGAAAUGUUUCGUUGGUUAAUCGCUAUUAUUUGGCUAAUCAACGACAAGGAACCAAGAAAACAAAAAACAAAGGUGAAGUAUCUGGUGGAGGAAUUAAACCUUGACGGCAAAAAGGAACUGGGCGGGCUCGUUCCGGUUCAAUUCGUAACCCUCAUUUUCGAGGCGGAGGAGCAAUUAAGGAGAAAAAGAUUACAGGAGGAAUUAGCCAAGAAAGCCCAGAAACAAACUAGGGACUUUGACGAAAGUAUGUUGGCGGUUUGUCAGACUUGCCAUGUUCCUAUCUAUGAGCCUCUUUAUAAUCAACGCAGCGAACAAAUAAUUGGUCUCUAUGCUGGUGCUUUCGGAGGUGCUUAUGGAGGAGGUAUUGUGGCUGGUGGUUAUCGUGCCCGAAGUGAGCGUUAUAAAACUACUGAGAAAUGA